ACACCGGACCCGGAUAAAUAUGGGAAAGAAGUCACACACCUGGAUAUUGGCGAUUACUCCGGAAAGUCGUUUAUUUAAAAUCUUGUGCCUCUUGAUUCUUUCCCUGUCGCCGCAUCCCCCUCGCAGGCCCCUCACACACGAUAUAUCCUUCUACCGUCAUAUUCAUCGCUUUUCUUUGUGCUAUUAGAUCUUAUUUUAAAUUGCUCUCAAGCUCAGAUCAUCCAUCGUUCAUUCAUCAAUUUCUUUCCAUGACCUCAGGUCUCAUCAAAUCUCUAUCUCCUGCAACAACUACAGAAUCUCUUUCACGCUCGUCCGUAGGACAUGAGAGCCUACCUCUAGCUUGGGGUUGGUCACCAUCUCUGAAGAUACCAGACGAACACCAGACAGCAGCAUCCCAGGCAGCUUCCGGCUCGGAUCUUGACCAGGACAUUUCACGGCAAUUUCUUGCAAACAAUAAUGAGCCUCCAUCUUUCUCAGAAAGCGAUGGUGUCUCCAUGUCACCAGCAAUGAUGUUCCUGUCUUCCUUUAGUUCCUCCGCAAUCCCACAAUCACCAGAUGCAGAAGGUGAAAUCAUUCGUGGCUAUGUCCUCGGACCAACUAUAGGUUAUGGGGGGUUCUCCGUGAUCAAACGUGCCUCAUCCCCUUCCGGAGGUGUCGUCGCUGUCAAAAUCGUCCGUCGCUCCAAUUUGGAGAAACAGACAAAUCCUUCUUUAGCUAGAAGGCGACUCAAUCACGAGGCCCAAAUAUGGGCUUCCUUAUGUCACGAGCAUACCUUACCCCUCUUCUUUUCCGAACACACUUCUUACGCCGACUUCUUCUUCUGCCUCCUUUGUCCCGCUGGAUCCCUAUAUGACAUACUUAUAAGGGACGGUCGUCCUGCUCUCCCUCACGAUGACACGGGCAUGAUGUUUCGACAAAUCGUACGAGGCGUGCGCUACCUGCACGAAGUUGCAGGCUAUGUACACGGAGAUAUCAAACUUGAGAACGUCCUUGUAGAUGAGAUGGGUACCUGUAGAAUCAGCGAUUUCGGCAUGACCCGCAAGAUCGGCGAAGUUGACGAUGAUGAACCUCUAUGCGAUGCAGACGAUCACUCUGGCAUCUACCGUCACCGUUCCACUUCUAAUAGAUCAGCAAAAUCCAGCAUGUCUUCACAUCUCUCAAUUUUACGCCAUCGUGGUCCUAGGCGUCACCGUAUAUCAACUCCUAUCGGCGAAAACCCUCCGCCUGUUCAUCCAUCACAUGCUUUCCAAGAAGGGUCUUUGCCAUACGCUUCUCCCGAGCUUCUUCAACCUAAAGCUUCACGGUUCAACGGUGCUAAUCCGGCUCAGGACAUCUGGGCUCUGGGUGUUCUGCUUUACGCACUUCUGACCGGCCGUCUCCCAUUUUUAGACUCAUUCGAGCUACGACUCCAGAUGAAAAUUUUGCACGGCGUUUAUGAUAUGCCUUCUGGUAUUAGUCGUGGAACCGAGCAUGUUCUCAAAGGCUGCAUGGAGCGUAGGGUCCGUACCCGGUGGACGAUUGCGAUGGUGGAUGAGAUGGCUUGGGGUGUUGGACUUGACGACGACGACACAUCUCCUGUAACAGACGAGGAUAAAUUUGAGUUAGUAGAUUACCCCAGCCGCCGAUCUCCAUCAUUAUCCCAGUCGCGUUCGGAGCGUGAUAACAACCCAAACCCAUCUCACACCGAAGAAGCACCCACAAGGCGGUCCAACCGUUCCCUCUCCCGUACCUCUGUCUCAACUGCGAGCUCGCUCGCAACACGAUGUACGAGUCGCAGUAUCUCUCGCCCACCAGUGGUUCGUUACCCAAUGUCUCCCACGUACGAUGAGCUCAGUCAUUCAGUGGUGAGCGCCUCGACGUCUCUCUCUGUGCCGCCUCUUGACAUUGGCGGCCCUGCUCUUCUUGCCUCGCCAGGGCCAUCACCUGAGCGUGGCCGGCGACCGAAGAAGGCGGGAUUUCUACCUCCGAAUCGGUGUACAUCAUCAUUAGCGACGUCUUCCAGCCAAUCAGAAUACACUGCAGGCUCGGGAGAUCUCGACGCUGAUGUAGACGUGUUGCGCGAUACCGCUCACUGGGCGUCUACUCUAGACAUUAACGCUGUAGCAGAACCUACUACCCACCAUAGUGGUACGACCACUGCGAAUGAGCGUUUGAAAGUUAUACAAGAAACAUUGCCGCCGCACAAGCACAAAAGAGCUGAGAGCACACCGCCGGCAUCAGGUGCUUGGCGACGGAGAUUGCGGCUUCGCAUCAAGGAAGAUCCUUCUUCCUAUAGCGCAGCAGAAGUUCACGGAGUGGGCGGAUUCCUUAGAGAUCCCAGCACCACUCCCAUACCGAUUAUGUCGCAAGGCGGUACCCGAAGCCGAAGCGUUGGGCAUGACACCCACAACACCUACCGCCGCCCUCACUAGCUGUAUCCUCACCUCUCUAUUCCCCCCAAAACGCAUUUUAUCUUCUGGGGACCAUCGGAUUUGUGGGUUGCUGAUCGAACAAUCGCUAUUUAUCUUGCUUUUGGUCUGUGUUGGCUCAUCAUUGUAUUUUGUAUUCAAUCCUGAGGACUUCCGGUACAUACGACCCCCUUUGGCUUUGUUUUUUUCGUUAUGUUCUUGAUUUUGAAACGCUCGUUUUGCGUAUCGUAGCCCCUGGUGUUUGAGAUAUACUUGAUGGCAAAACUUAUAUUGCGCAUGCCUUACUUACCACAUUGUACUACUUGUUUUAUGAAUCUUGAGCGCCUCAUUCACAAUA